AUUUUAUUCUUGAUGUAUUGUGGAAUUCGGUUUAUGUUAAAAAUAUAUCGUUAUCGCAGGUCAAACAGUCGAAGCUUAUUCGGUAAAUCCUUCGGCCAUGAAACAUCAGUUUAAUGUCGGAGAUAAAGUCAAAGUGUUGCUUGAUGUCGAAAAGCUUAAAGUUAUGCAAGAAGGUCAUGGAGGAUGGAAUCCUAGAAUGGCCGAAUAUAUUGGAAAAGUAGGAACUGUACAUAGGGUUACAGAUAAAGGCGACAUAAGAGUUCAGUACGAAGGAUGUAAUAAUCGCUGGACUUUCCAUCCUGGUGCUUUAACCAAAGUGAUGCUAUUUUCUGUGGGUGACAUGGUCAGAAUCAUUGAUGAUGCUAAUAAAGUUAAAGAGCUUCAGAGAGGACACGGGGAAUGGAUCGAUGUCAUGAAAACAUCGUUGGGGAAAAUUGGAAAAAUUACAAAAAUAUACACCGAUGGCGAUUUACGAGUAAACUCCGAAGGUCAAACCUGGACGUUCAAUCCACUCUGCGUAUCUCUAGUUCCUGGAUCGGCAACAGAAAUGAAUAACACUAUGACUGCUAAUCAAAGAGAAGAGCAUACGAAUCCUCUGCUUGGGCAUUUACUCGUCGAUCAUCAACACAUGGAAUGCACCAGUAACGACAGAUUAGUCAGAGAAGCAGCACAAGGUCACACCGAGAUCGUUAGGGAAAUUUUGCAGACUUUUCAAGAAAAGGUUGAUCAAAAAAGUUCCGGUAAAACGGCAUUACAAGUCGCAAGCCAUCAGGGUCAUUUAGAUAUCGUUCGCAUGUUGCUAGUAGCAGGCGCUUCUGUAGAAGUUAGAGAUGAUGAUGGUGAUACGGCAUUGCAUUACUCCGCCUUCGGAAAUCAACCGGAAGUGAUGGAGUUGCUGUUAAAAAAGAAUGCCGACAUUGAUGCCGUCAACAAGGCAAGAUGUAGCGCCCUUCAUGUUGCUGUAAAUAAACAACAUGUCAAUUGUGUGAAAGUCUUACUACAGUUCAGAUGUAACAUUAAUACACAGGAUUCUUACGGCGAUUCGGCACUUCACGAUGCUAUAGGAAAAGAGAAUGUGGAAAUAAUAGAUUUACUAAUAAAUGUACCAGAGAUUGAUUUCUCUUUAAAAAACAAGCGAGGCUUUAAUGUUCUUCACCAUGCAGCUUUAAAGGGAAACAAUUUCGCUACAGAAAGGUUACUAGCAAAGACGAGGCAAAUUGUAGAUGUAAAGAAAGAUGAUGGUUUUGCUGCACUUCAUUUAGCAGCUCUCAAUGGUCACUAUCAAGUAGCCGAGACAUUAUUAACCCAGGGACAAAGCGAAGUAGAUAUUAGGAAUAACAGAAAACAGACACCAUUAUUACUAGCAGUAAGUCAAGGGCAUUGUUCUCUUAUUGAAUUGCUAGUACGAUUCGGAGCAAAUAUUAAUGCAGAAGAUGAAGACGGAGAUACAGGAAUGCAUUUAGCAUUAAUGAAACAGAAGUCAGAAGUAGAUAUUAAAGAAGCACAAACGAUUAGUGGGAUUGUCGAACAUUUAAAUGGCCAGGGACUAGAAAAAUGUAACGGAUUUGCUAUUGCAUGUUUUAUUGCUCAAGAAGGUGGCAAACAUGUCCACAAAAAUCACAAAGGAAAAACGCCUCUAGAGCUUCUUUCCGAUAAUCACAAAUUAAAAGAAUUACUAUUAUAUUACUCAUCUUUAAAUAGUGCUCAAGCCCAUUCCAUCGCUCGGGAAAAUGGCGAUCCUGGAUCUUCCGCAGCAGAAUCUAAUCAGACAGAAAGUGACUGUUUAAUAUGUUGUGAAAUGAUAGCAAGCAUUACAUUUGAUCCGUGCGGUCAUACCGUCACUUGUGAAGAUUGUUGUGUUCGAAUGAAAAAGUGUAUCGCUUGUCAGGAGUCGAUACACAAGAAAAUAGGCCCAGGUGGUAGAGUGAUAUCUUCGAAAGUAAGACAGGCAAGUGCAGAGAGAUUACGCUAUCUAGAAAAUAAAAUACAAGAAAUCGAAGAAGCUCACUCGUGUUCGAUCUGCAUGGAAAGAAGGCGAAACAUCGCCUUCCUCUGCGGCCACGGAGCAUGCAUCAGUUGUGCUCAAACGCUUAAGAUUUGCCACAUGUGCCGUAAACCGAUAACCAAAAAAAUCAAUUUAUAUUGAUGGUUUUACAUCAUAAUUUUAUCUAAUUCUGUUGUGCCAUCAAUCGCUCUUAAAGACUAAAUGGAAAGACUCCUACCGAGGAACAAUUACUGUGAUAUGCAGUCCCUGCAUAUAUUUAUCACUUCCUUGUCUUUGUCACAACUAGGAAAAAAAAAAUAUUAUAUAUGGAAAUUUCGUAAAGAAUUUUUCCAUCACGAGAAUGAACCAGAAAACGCUUUGCGUCUACCAUGCAGUCUUCAGUUUAUAAGAAACAAACUUUUCUUUUAUAAAAAUUUGUACAUUUCUGGAUAAAUGUUUUAAUUUAUCUUUACACUUCCACGUUGAGCAAUAAAUUUUUUGAAAGCGAAACGAGACGAAAACCAGAGAAAACGUAGAUUCCUUUAAAGAUGUUUUACAGUAAUCAAUGUAACCGAUCCCCUUUUUACUAGUAACUGUAGAUCAAAAAUGUUUAAUAUGUUUAUGUAAUAUUGUUGGUAUAUUUUGUAAAUAUUGACAGAAUCGUAUCGUAAUGACUAGUGUUCUCGUUUCUCCGUAUUUGUGACAUUUAGUCAUAUUUCAAUUUAUAUAUUUUUCCUAUAUUGUAUAUUUCCUAAGAUAGUCUACAUUUUUGAACAUUUGUGGGAAGAGUAUAGAUAUUUUUUGUGACGCUAAAAACGAAGACAACCGAAAUUCAGAUGAUGAAUUAUCGAUUUAUUUAUAAUUGCCUCUCGAAAGAGUCGAUCCCUUUUGCCACGAGAAUAAUUUAUAUGUUUCGAUGCAACUUUUGUUAAUUAGUAUUUAACGCCGAGCGUUUCAAAUUGCUGCAAAUCAAUAGAGAUCCAUGCACGAGCAAGAAAUAUAUGCAUAUCAAGUUAAUUAGGAACAUUAUUAAAAGUUGUAUAUAAUUUAUAUUAUUUUUAUUUUGCAGAAGAGUAAUUUAUACCACAUCUGUUACCAAUUUUAAGCAAUAUUUUGUUUAUUUCAACUGGAAGAAAAGAAAUUCUU